UUUCCAUCUUUCUCUCUCUCCAAAUUUCAGAUUUUUCUUCUCUCUUCCUCUCUAGCUCACGUCUUCUCUUCCUCUCCUCACCCAAUCCAUCAAAAACCAUUAAUUCUUCAUGAAAUCAUCAUGAAAAUUGUUUAAGAGUGUCCCUUGUAGUGAUUAGACCAAGAAGUUCAAGGUUUGAAGUGGAAUCUCAAGUGGGAAGCUUAUUCUAGUAAGAGUUUAAUUCAAAUAAGGUUAAUUAUGGAUGCCCUUAUGGUUGAGCGUGAAGUUGAUAAAUGUUUGAAAUGCAAAAGUGAGACGAGCCUAUGCCAUUUUAAAGGAUUAAAGAUGUACAAGUUAUUAUACAACAUGAUGGUUCGUGAUGAAGAAGUAGAAGUCGCUGAAAGUUUCACGUCAGUAGUGUUAGUGUUAUUUCAGAGGGAGCUUCUAUCAGUUAUUGACACCUUUGGGAACAAAAACAGGGUUAAACCUGUGAGGGUUGGAUCUAUGUUAGACUCUGUCUUAAAGGAACCUACUACAAGGGAAGAAAGGGCCUCUCAGUUCAAGUCACCAAACACAGACUCACUCUUGUUGUCCUUGGAUUCGGGGAGGCGUUUAUCUCCACCCUUGGAGAAUGAUGUAAUUGUUGUUGUUCCCUCAACUUCUACUCUUGUUACUGGUUUGCCUGGUUUGGAUAGCACACUCCCGCAUUGUGCUCUGCAUCAACCUAUCACAACUUACCACACCUCUCUAACAUCAGACAAACUUCCGGUUUUGGAACCAGUGCAUGCUGCAAAUGUUUGUUCUUCUGAAGCUCAGAGAAGUGUGGACAUUUUACAAAAGUUUUGGGGGAUUAUACUAAUGGAGAGCAUGAUUCUAGCCUUGUCUGUCUGGCAACAACCAAGAACAAAAAGGAAAAAAAGCAGAAAAAUAGACAAGUUUCACCGAAGAGCACAAGUAGUAAGCACAUAUAAACUCGUUCUAAAAAGGGUGUAGUCAAAAGUAAUCCUAAAUAUUUGUGACUGUAUUUGUUGUUUGACAGUUUCCUUUCUUUGGUUUACUAGCAAAGCUAUGCUUCUCGCCCUUUCUUUUAUCAGAGACAUUUUGGUCUCCAUUUUUAGAUUCUCUCAUUAAUACUGUAAUAGGGUGCAGACCCACUCCUGCCGAUUUUAAUGCAUUUCUUAGCCUUUAUCAAAAAA